CGCACCCAGGGUCCUUUUCCUCUUUCUACCUCUGCCUCACUUCUACAACCAAUACCAAUCAACUAUCUAAACAACCCCCCAAACACUCUUCAUUUGUCUCUCUCGCCUGCACAACUGGGAUUUCCAAAUUCGUCACCGAGAUCUUGCGAGAACGAACCGUCGCCUACGCCUGCGACAACACCAACAAGACCACCUUACCCCCGAUUCACGACAAGAUGGACCUCAAUUUCCAACUUGCCGCCCGUCAGGUUUCUGCCUGUGCUCUUUAGAGACACGCAAAGGGACAUCUUUCAACAUUGCCUCUUGUCCCACGGGAGGAAAAACAUCAUUGCACGCUUUUCAACACUCCUCAAAAAAUAA